UAAAUCUUCUUAUUACAUUCAAUGUCAAAUAUAUCGGAUUACUAGAUUGGUUGAGGAAGCUGUAAGUCAUAGCUAGGUCAAUUAAAAGACUUUGAUUACAUCGCUACGAGCAAGGCUCAGUACAAGGCUUAUGAUCGCUAAUGUAAGUGUUUACUAACAAUAAACUAACAUUUCCAGUUUAGAGGAAGUCAAGCAUCAGCUGUGACGGUACAGUGCAGCAGUAAACUCAUAAAAACAUCGUAUUCUAAACACCAGUUUGUUAUUGGCUCUAAAACACUAGUACGUGAUAUUGUGAUGAUAGAUCUUCAUCCAACUAACUAGUUUACUACCAGCAAGCUUUAUCCCGCACAGCUCUCACUGCUAACUGUGCUGACAUGUAUCUGAAUGUAAUGUGUCUUUGAGGCUGAGGUGUUCAUGGUUGAAUGUUAGCUGAGGUAUUAACCAGAUACACGACUCCUCAGCUCUCCUGUUAAUGAUUUAGUUGAAAGUAAAUGUGUGUCUGUUAGCGUCAGCUAGCGUGUAGCUAGCUGCUGUCAGCGUUGAGGUGAGCUAACUAACGUUAAAUGGCAGCCGAGCUAACAGCCAACAACAACAACGAGAUAAGAAUAGCUGUAACACUGUCAUUUCACUGCAGGUGCUGUUCAGAUUUGAUAACUGUGACUGAGACUUGAUUGGGCCAAGAGAGAAAUCCACUGUUCCCUUCCCCAAGCUCCUGUUCCUGACCCUCUCUGAAACACAUCACUCACCAUGAAUGAAGUUAACGUAGUCAGAGAGGGCUGGCUCCACAAAAGAGGUGAAUAUAUCAAGACGUGGAGGCCCAGGUAUUUCAUCCUGAAGAGUGACGGUUCCUUCAUUGGCUACAAGGAGAAGCCUGAUCUAAACGACCAGAUUUCACCACCUCUGAACAACUUCUCAGUGGCAGAAUGCCAGUUAAUGAAGACUGAAAGACCCCGGCCCAACACAUUUGUCAUCCGUUGCCUACAGUGGACCACUGUCAUUGAACGCACCUUUCACGUGGACAGCAAUGAUGAGAGAGAGGAGUGGAUGCGGGCAAUCCAGGCUGUGGCAAAUAGUCUUAAGAUGCGGGAACACGAGGAUGAGGAACCAAUGGAUAUGUUUGGCUCACCCAGUGAGAGCAGCCUUGAGGAGAUGGAGGUGGCGAUGUCAAAGAGCGGCAGCAAAGUGACAAUGAAUGACUUUGAGUACCUCAAGCUGCUUGGCAAGGGGACAUUUGGGAAAGUGAUUCUAGUCAAAGAGAAGUCCACCGGAGUUCAUUAUGCCAUGAAAAUCCUGCGCAAAGAGGUCAUCAUAGCCAAGGAUGAGGUGGCCCACACAGUUACAGAGAGCAGAGUGUUACAGAACACAAAGCAUCCCUUCCUCACAACACUGAAAUAUGCCUUCCAAACCCACGAUCGGUUGUGUUUUGUAAUGGAAUAUGCCAACGGAGGCGAGCUCUUCUUCCACCUGUCACGGGAACGAGUGUUCACAGAAGACCGGGCACGCUUCUAUGGCGCCGAGAUUGUGUCAGCACUGGAGUACCUCCAUUCACGUGACGUUGUGUACCGCGAUCUGAAGCUGGAGAAUCUGAUGCUGGACAAAGAUGGCCAUAUUAAAAUCACUGAUUUUGGCCUCUGUAAGGAGGGCAUUACUCCUGACGCUACCAUGAAAACCUUCUGUGGAACUCCUGAAUAUCUGGCCCCUGAGGUCCUAGAGGAUAAUGAUUAUGGCCGGGCGGUGGACUGGUGGGGUCUGGGCGUAGUCAUGUAUGAGAUGAUGUGCGGCCGUCUGCCUUUCUACAACCAGGAUCACGAGCGUUUGUUUGAGCUUAUCCUCAUGGAGGAGAUCCGCUUCCCCAGGAACCUGUCGCCCGACGCCAAGUCUCUGCUGGCCGGCCUGCUCAAGAAGGAUCCCAAACAAAGGUUAGGUGGAGGUCCAAAUGAUGCCAAAGAAGUAAUGAGUCACAAAUUUUUCAUCACCAUCAACUGGCAGGAUGUGGUACAGAAGAAGCUCACCCCACUCUUCAGACCACAAGUCACAUCAGAGACGGACACCCGGUACUUUGAUGAGGAGUUCACAGCGCAGACCAUCACGCUCACUCCUCCAGACAAGUGUAACAGUCUGGAUUGCGAGGACCCCGGACAGCAAGCACAUUUCCCCCAGUUCUCCUAUUCUGCUAGCAUAAGAGAGUGAUAGAGUCUCCGCCCCACACACACACACACACACACACACACACACACACACACACACACACACAAACACAAACACAAACACAAACACACAAGGCAUGAACACCUUGGCCACAUCCCUUACAGCUAUAAAACGACCAGAAUGUCCCGGCAGGAUCUAAGUGCCUCGGCUGGCGGCCACGUUGUUCUAUAGAAACCCCCUUCGUCCACACUACGGACAAAGCCUGGCCACACUGGCUGUACUGUAUCAAACUGGACUUCAGUACCUCACAUAGUCAUCAGCACAACUCAACAACACAAUCAGGGCUCUGUCUGUAGCACCUUCGGAUGGCCUAUAACAUAACUGCUGCUGCUUUUUCAGACUGUAAAACCGCCGGUUUAUUUCCAAUGCUCUCCUUUACACGGUCUUAUGAGAAGCCAUACAGUUCCUUCAUGACGUUUCCAAGUGCUCUUCUUCUGAACCAGCCCUUACCACUGGUGAUACACCGGUUCAUAUAUGAGGGAGGAAGAGGCGUGGCAGUUUGUUGGCUGUGUGUGUGUGUGUGUGUGUGAGUGAGUGAGUGAGUUCGAGAGAGAGAAUUUGGGUGGGAAAAGACGGGGGCAUCAAAUCCAAACUGAAUGUCAUCAGAUGAGUCAGAGUGAGUCUGAGAGAGCAUGUGGUUUUGUGUCUUUAUACAUCGCUUGCCCGCUAUGCAUCAGGAACAACAGAUGAAUAGAUAACAUGAUGAUCAAAGUGUCAGCGCGGUGAAAAGCUUUGACAAAGUGAAACAGGAGGUGUCUUUUUUUUUUCUUUUUUUUUAACUGUAUGCAAUGAAAACAAAUCACUUGUGUAUUUGUUUGCUCUCAUCUCACAAUGUGAUCUUUGUUAACAGAUUUGUCAAGUGUGACAGCAAUUAAUGGGAAUUUGGAAUAUCUAAAUGCACGAGGUGUAUAUGUUGUUUUUUUAAGCAAGGUUUUGUUUUGUGUUUUAAUUCUAACACAUUUUGAUCUUUGUUGAUCAGAAAAAUUCACACCGGCCAUGUGAUUUAAGAGGGUCAAUAAGCACUUAGUGAUUUAAAUCAGACCUCAUUUUUCCUUGUGGACCAUGUGCAUGAUGUUAAUGAAAGCUUCCUGGAUUCAUUAUUUGUAGCCCAGAGUAUCAAAAACUGUCUGGUCAGAGUCACAGUCCUCUUUACUUCUUAUUAUUGAAGAGAUAGUUCCUGAUUUCAACCCAAAUUUGUUCCACAGCUGUUUCGCUGCUUGUGUUUAAACAUUUAUCAUUUGAUAACUUUGGCUUUUUUUUAUAUAUAAAUUAGGAGAAAACCUCAAAGUAAGUUAAGUAUGAAAAAAGUACUGUUUUGCUAUCAGUACUGAAACUCAGGUAUUGUAUCAGCAAUAGUGUUGAAACAUUUCUAACGAUACCCAGUUCCCCCCUUACACCAAAAUACGUAGCACUUUCAGAGAACAUCAUCCUUUCAUAUCUUUCAAUGCACAUUUUUAUAAGUUUUUUUCAGUUCACUGAUGCCUGUCAUCUCUCUGCAGCCUUUCUAGGAAACUCAUCUUUCUACACAUCAUUAUAUACUUUGCUUGCUGGAAACCUGUUAAAAGUUUAAAGGUGUUCAGUUAACAGCUUCUCAUUUCCUCCUAGCUCUUCUGUAUGUGUUAUCUAUUUGUAUUAUUAUACUCUUCUAACAAUGUUCCAGUGCAUCCAAACUGCUGCUGCUCACACUUGAAUGUGCCAUUAGAUCUGAUUGGAAAUGCCUGGGAAAAAACCUCCAGGGAGCUCCGCACAUCAUGAACAUGGUCCAUUGUGACAUUUUGUGUUUGAGUGCAAUGGUGACUUGCAAGGAUGUCUUUUUUUCUUUUAUUUUCAAUGUUCCCAUCUAUUUUAAAUGGUAACCAGGAGAGGUGCACCGGUGAGAUUUACAAUAUUGGGUGUCUAUACUGUAAAUGAAAAUGCACCCUGCAUUGUAUUGGUGCUACGCUGUUGAGUCACUGGUAAAAUGGAGCCGGUGCAGACAACCUGCUCAACUUCCCGUUGCUCAGAGAGCCUUCUACCACACAUGCUGUUUUGAAAGAAUUUCCGUUAGUUUUUGUUUUUGUCUUGUUUUUCCUCUGGUUUUACUUCAUCUUGCUGAUUUCCCUCAUCCUUCCUGUUCCCAUGAACCUCCUUCAGAUAGUCUCCAAUUAAGGAUUGAAAUGGUUGAAAGCAAUGUUUGUGUUUUUCAGUGACAUGAUUCUAUUCAAACAAUUCAUUUCUAUUUGUCUAUGAAUGUAAUUCUGAAAGACAAUGAUCCAAUACACAUUUUAACUGUCUUAAUACA